AGCGCGAACGUUGUAUUUUGAUAGCGAUAGGUGCGAAGUAGUAUUAUAGUUCUGGUUUCGUGAAAUCUGACUCUGACAUCAUGCCUUCACGAAAAAAAGCACGACAAGAUGCAGAUAUAAUGCUACCUGUCAAAUCAGCUGAACUAGCAAAGAUUCUUGAAUCUGGUAUUGAUUAUCCACUCACAAUUAAUGUCAAUCAACUACAUGCUAGUGAGUUUAAACUGGGUGAUUUUGCUGUAACUAUUCAAGGCACUCUACAUGACUUAGUGUGUGAAGAUCCACUGUACUUCUACUUCAGACGUAAUUCAUUAUUUUGCAUGUUAGUUUGGAAUGAAUAUGAUAAUAAUAGUGUUCUGCAGGAAAAAUUCGCCUGUGCUACCUGUGAUGUGCCACGUGAAGUUUUAGAAAACUUAUUGGAUAAAAAGGCUUUUCGCAUUGUUUUAAAUCCUGCAAAUGUUCAACUGGCAUCAUCAACGCUAAUACUUGAAGUAUAUAUAACUGAUAAUGUGAUCCUGUCAUUAAAAUCUCCUUCAGAAAUUUUAUCUAGCCGCUCAGUCAAAAAUGUAAAUGGUGCUGUGAAACAUUUUAAGAAUAUAGACUAUGUUCAGCUUGAAGACCGUUUGUGUCUUAAACAAAGUGCUCUGAAAAUUUUGGAUAAUAUUCAGAACUCCUUUGAUCCUAAAAAUGAAUUGCAGAUUUUUAGUCAAUAUUUAAUUCCAAGGUUAAGACACUACCAGAGCCAAGCUGUGCAUUGGAUGCUUAGACAAGAAGAAGAAAUAGUUCAUACAGAAAUUCAUCCACUUUAUACAGAACUUGAACUCAAAGAAAAUGCAAAAUUAUAUUACCAAAAAUAUGGUGGAUUCUUUGUGAAAGAAGAAUACACUACUGGGAAGCCAUUGGGUGGUAUUUUAGCUGAUGAAAUGGGACUAGGGAAAACAAUAGAAAUACUUGCUCUCAUUUUAAAGCAUCCCAUACCUGAUGCCAGGCUAGAAGCAAAUUUGGCAGUAUUCCUUGACUCUGUAUCAAAGAGAUCCACUCGUAAUACAUUACGCCAUCACAUAGAAAGAGAUUUUACUUUUGAUAGUUUGUCAGAGAUUUAUUUUGAAUGUGCUUGUGGAGGUUCUUACGAGUCUUCUGAUAAGAAGCUGAUGGCCCAGUGCAAAAACUGCUCACUUAUUCAGCAUACUGAAUGUAUGUUAUAUAAUACAGAUGUGUCAUCUUAUGAUUAUCUUUGUCCAUACUGCUCUGUUGAUCCCUCUCAGGAACUCUUACUAUCUCGUGGUACUGUUAUCAUAAGCCCUGCUUCAAUUCUGUAUCAGUGGCGGCAAGAAAUAGCCAAGCACAUAAAAGAAAAUACAUUAAAAGUUUUUGUGUACCGUGGUGUUGACCAGCAUAAGUUUAUAAAUCCUCAGGACCUGGCUGAUCACGAUAUCAUUCUAAUAUCUUAUGAAGUACUGAGACGAGAACUAAGCCAUCUGAAUGUACCUCAUGGAGCAUCCAGGCGAGCUUUGCGAUACCCACGGAAGUUCUCUGUUAUACCAUCACCACUUUUAGCUAUAAAGUGGUGGCGUAUUUGUCUUGACGAAGCACAGAUGGUAGAAAGUGUUACUUCUAAAGCAGCUGAAAUGGCAUUGCAGUUACAUACUAUCAAUCGUUGGUGUGUAACUGGUACUCCAAUUCAGAAGUCAGCAAAAGAAAUGGAAAUAGAAGGAGGGAACAAAGGCAUGAGACCUCACAAGGAUGUUAUGUUAACCACUUGCGCUACGACUAAACUUCACGGUUGUGGUGCUGUCCGCUACAAUAUAACAAGCGGUAAAGUGUCUCAUUUACGCUGCUCCAUGUCUGCGAAUGCAAUCCAGAGCUGCUAUGAACAUGAUUUCAUUUGCUUGGACUCAAGUAAAAACACAAAUGAGAUCUUACAAACCCACACUCAAGUGAAAAAGUCAAAGUUAAACCUCUCAUGUCAUAUCGGAUCAUCAUCUUCUCCCUCCCCAAGUAGACUUGCUCUUGUGCAAAAUUCUGUAUCACCUCAAAUUAUGCCUGAAGAUCUUGGAUGUACUCCUCGGGCGAUGAAGGUUCAUUCAGACGGUGACCAAACAGGAGAUCACAAGACAGAUGAAGGUCACGAUUGA